AUGGCUACCUGCGUAUACGACCCCAGUACUCCAACAUAUUUACCUUUGCUGCGCCAUACUAACAUAACACCAGAUUCGCCCGGUCAGCCCCCAAUGAUGGGUGAUGAAACUCCCCUGCCGAGUCAAAAGCUGGACUCAGACGACCGCAAGGUAGUCCUAUACAAUAACAACUUUGGUGAGGGGGUGACAAUUAAUAUCUUCUCCAGUAACUCUACCAGGUCCACUGUGAGCAAGUUAGAAUGCGUUACUCGAGCUGCUCAGCCCACCACCUUAGAGCGUCCGUCCGCUAGACAGUUAGCUCCAGUAGAAUUCGGUCGUGAUGGUGUCAUAUUCAGUAGUAACAUGCUUCACGAGCAUGUAGUGAUCAACAUAGCCUUGCUGAACUCCACAGGCGCUGUUUACACGAAUGCAUUGGGGAUGUUUGAUUUUGAUUUCAUCGUGAACCUGACCGCAGUUCUACAAGUUCAAAUCUAA